CCGGAUGUCCGAAUCUCUCGUUCAUUGGGCUCGUUGCGGACAAACAAGUGGAUCCCGGUAUGGUUGAUUGUUUGUGGGUUAUGUAUAAUUUUUAAAGUUGAAUGGGCUAUUUCAAGUGUUUUAAUCUUGAAAAGUAAAUGGACAAAACACAGCGUGCUUCGUUUGUCAUAAUGUUAGUUUCAUUUGGACCGGGUCGGAGUUCUAUCUCAACAUUUAGAGUCUGAUGCUUUUAAGUGAGUAGAUACUUUCUAUAUGCCAUUUUAAAAAAAUAGAUAUUUAUAUUAUCAUAAAUGAUUUAAAAAUGUUCCUGUUGGGUAUGCAUAGAAAUGCGCUGUCUUGUGUUAAUUGAACCGUAAUAGUACACCUUCAAUGUGCACAAAAAAUGAAGUUUAUAUUAGUUUAAUUUACUCAUUACUUAUACGGUCCUGUUAUACCCUCCACUCAAUCAGCCCAGGUCAUAAGCUGUGAGACGUGGAAGUUAUUGGUCCGAACGCACCCAAAUUUGUUGGUGGAAUAUAAAGCCUCACAGAGCCAAGACAUUAAACAAUUGCUUGAAAUUCUAUCCCCGGCUAUUCCCCUGUUUGAAUUAUCCUGGUACAGAUCUGGAGAUGUCACAACGGAAUUCGAGGUAGGAUAAAGCCUUAUUUUGAUCGUUGUUCGGCUUUUGUCUUUACUUCGUAAAAGUAAAAUGUUCAAUUAUAUUGUGAGCCUGCAUCGGGCGCAAGGCAAAUCUUUUUUUUUUUCUUUAUAAUUUCAAUUUUAUUACACCUUAAUUUUCAUAAGUGAUAACCCUUUUUUAAGAGUGUUUUGUGUUUUAUGGGAAUAUUUUCUUAUCAAUUUUUUUUUACCCCGGUUUUGGCUCGACAUUUCACGGCUUAGAGCAGAUACUAGAACUCAUCACUUAACUAGAAGAUACUCACUUAACUAAUCACUGUUAACUAGAACUCAUCACUUAACUAGCAACUACUCACUUAACUAAUCACUGUUAACUAGAACUCAUCACUUAACUAGCAGCUACUCACUUAACGACACAAAAUUAUUGGAAAGGACAACUAUUUUUCAUGUGAGAAUAUCCGAAAUGGCAUUCCGUAAAUAUCGAUUACGAGACAACUUGUUGUUUUAAAAAAAACUUUUGAAUGUGAAAAUUAUUUUCGGACGGCUAAUUGAACCUCUUCUCAUAAUCUAUUUGAGCUGAAACGUCACACACAGACUCGUUGUCAAUGACAACACAUUCUGCCAAGUUUUCAGCCCCAACUCCCCAAAAUUAGCUUUUCCUGUUUUGCAAGUAAAAUAAGAUUAAAAUAUGAUGCCCCUUAUUUCACAAAGUAAAAGUCCCGAUAAAAAGAUACUUUAAAAAAAAUGUAUCGCGAAUAGGAAUAUUAUUUACGGAUCGCCAUUGAAAGAUAAUGUGUACUAUCUGAUUUACUGCGUCCACGCCGUCUGAGGGAAAUAGCUGAUCAAGAAAGCUUUGGAUUAAGGCGGUGUUACUUUAUUUUGAGGAUUGUAAUGAUACAGCUUUCUAAUGUUAACUGCUCCAAAAUACUUUUUUUUUUAACCGCACAACUUUUUUGCACUUUAAGAACUUGAACGUUUUAACAUUGUAAUAUGUUAACUUGAAUACUUCACGUAAGGAUUAUUAAAGGGCCCCCUCAGAGGCGUAGCGAGGGCGUUUGGCGCCCGGGGACAAGAUUCGCGCCCGGGGACAAGAUCCAUUUUAAAGCGCCCCUUAUUCUUUUUUUCAACUGUCAAACCCAUUAUUUUCAUCAAUAAUAUAAUAGCAAAGCACAUUUUGGCGCCUCUAACUAGCUGGCGUCCAGGGACAUAUGUCUCCCCCUGCACCCCCCUCGCUACUCCUCUGGGCCUUCAUCACUGGAAUAAUUUUAUACCACCUCAAAGACCAGGCACUUAAGUUAAACUUGACGAAAUAUAAUUCUGUCAAAGCCUUCGUAUAUCAGUUUGAAUAUAUAUGUGUAUAUAUUUAUCAGUUAUAUUUAUAAAAAAAAACUCACUUAUACCAAAGUAAAGAUCCAUAUUAAUAUUCUUCAGCUGACAAGAUUACUUCAUCGUGUUGCCAACUACCAUAGAACAAUAAAACACCUUUACCUGAGCCUUUCAGGGCAUUAUACAAAUUUGGAUACCACAGCG